UUUCUGUUCGAUAUAAAAUCGAGUUCGGAUGUAACUGAUUUGCACUAAUGGCACGUUGUUGUUAAUUGUACGUUGGGAUUAAUUUUCGGUCUUUUUAGCAAAAGCUUCAUAUCGAAUUUGUGUUGUGCAAAAGUGAAUAAAAAAAUAUAUGAUAAAGGUAUGUACAUAAUGUAACGGACCAAUCCAAUAUAAAACAAUAAACAAACCACGACUCGUCUAUCAAAUCAAACGAAAUAUCUACACACACAUUCGUUCGUCACACAGCACAUUAACCAAUUGAAGCAAAACGGCAUCAGAGCCAGCCAGCACAAAGUAUACUAUAAACAGCAAAAACCUCCAUCGCAACAUCAGCAGUACCAGCAGCAACUGCCACACAAACUUAGAGACCCCCUGACAUUUAAAUUUUUUCCUACACUUUUGUGGUACAUUGCAUUGGUUUUUUUUUUGUGCAACAACGUGCGCAUCAAUAAUAUUAUCUCUAACAGCAACAGCUUCAACGGUAGCUGCACUUACAAUCUAAACUACAGCUCAAAAAUCACAGCGCCGGCAUCGAGGAAACUAUAGGAGCCAAACCACAACGUGCCGUGACGAAGUCAUCAUAUGGUGUUUUUGCUGGAAUUGUGGAUAAAAUGCAUCAAUAAUUGUAUAUCUCUGCUUAAAAGCAACACACAGUAGCCAUAACAGGAGGAACAUGUCCGCCAUAUUAUUUUCUCAGGAUUGUGAACAGCAAAAUCAACAAGCAGAUGAACUGCAAUCGGAUGAGCUUGCAUUUAGAGAAGACUCAUGUAACGGUUUUAGUGAGGAAAUAAACAAUGAAUCAGAAAUCAUCCUACAAUUACCGCCAAGUUUACCAAGUAUUCCUAGUAGUGAUAGACCAGUUGACGACUCCUUCAAUAUUAAAGCUGUCGAGCCAGAAUUCGAGAGCGAUUGUAAUGGCCUCUUGACUAAUAAAAUGGCGUCUCUAGCGUUGAAUGAGGGCGACUGUAGUCAGUGCGAUGGCGGCAGUGAUAGCGGCCUUGACACAGCGACCACGAAGCUUGUUGGUGGAACAAUUGCUGGCAGUAACGACAACAUUGACAGCAAUUGCAAUGAGAAAGGUAGUGUCGCUACAAAAAACACUACAUUACAACGUGCAUUGAGCAGUACUAGUGGUGGCUACGCCAGCAGCACGGGCGGCAUAGAUGAUGCCAAUAAUCAGAUGACGAUGCCUGCGGCGUUGCCGCUGGCUAAUGUGAGUAACGCAAGUAUGCAAGGUCUAAAUACAUCGGGCAAUUCUAGUUUGCUUAGUUGUGGCUCAGAGCUGGCCACCAGCACCACCAACGGUGCGGUGUCCUCAGCAACGCAAAGCUUUGAGUGUUAUAGCGAGAACGGCAGCGAAAGUUCUUCAAUGCUGGGUGGUGGAACUGUGUCGACAACACCAGUACGACGCUCAAACAGUACUAAAACGAAAAUGAGAGUUUAUGAGGCUGGUCGUGGCGCUUUUGCCACUCCAAUGUCCCGCAGCAUGCGAGAACGUGAUUGCAGCAGUACACCAAUUUCUGGGAACUCAACUUCCGCGGCUAGCAACCAAGUUAAUAGCGCAACAACUCCACGUAUGCGUCCAGUUAGUGUAAAGCGUACUUCAUCUUUGUCGCGUCAUGUACCUGCAGUAGCGUCGACGGUAGCACAACGUCAUGCUGACAAGCCACAGUCGAUUAAUGCCACUAAUAAGACUUUAAUGGCGGCACCAACUUCAUCCUUUCGCUCCACUACGACGACACGUGCCACAAAACCACAGAAGCCAGAUUCCUUGCCGAACACACUGAGCCGCACGCAGUCUAUGAGCAUGCAGCGUCUAGUACAACGUACACCGUCAUUAAGUCGUGCGCGUACGCCGUGUACACCUCAAGAGGAUGGCCGUUGGCCCGGCAAUUCCCGCACCUCUAGCACAGCUAGCGGGGCUGCGAAGCGUGGUGUCUCUGUGACCCCAGAUUUGAUGUCACUAAAGAUGCGCUCCUCAAAUAUGAUGGCAUCGAUGGAUAUGAAGUCCACCAGCAACAAUACCAGUUCAAAUCCAUAUAGCACGCUGCCACGGCGGCGAAAACAAAAGUCCGUCGAAGACUUGACAGCGACGCCUGACUCGCGCAGCAGUUCAAUAACGCGUGACACACGUAUGACCACGUCGGUAAUGGUAAGCACGCGCCGUAGUCUAGUAAGCGCCUUUGGUGCAUCCACGCCACAAAGCAACCAACCGCGCUCAUUGAUACACACGCGAAAAACACCAGCGCAGCCGCCUAAAACGCGCAUAUACCAUGAGACCAGCGUUCAGACCGCGCUCACCGGGGAAGAUUUGGAGAAUGUGUUUGCUGGGCGAACGCCAGCAACGCGUGCUGUAGAUGCAGUUGAACAAAAUGAACAGACCACACAGACUGAUAUACGUGAUGCUGAAUUAGAGCGAUUACGAGAUGAGGUGCGUCAAUUAGCGCAGCGUGAACAUGAAUUGAGUGCUAAGCUUCAACGCGAACGUGAAGAGAAGCUGGCUACACAGCGUGAAUUAAAUUUAAAUACGGAACGGGUGAUGAGUAUGUUGGAAAAGGCACGUUUAGCGGGCGGAAAAUAUGGUAUUACAGGCGGCAGCGUGAGCGGCAUUAGUUUGGACGGCGACGCUACUACGCCAACUUCGGAUGAAGGCAGUGGAAGUGGCCACGAUAGUUUACUCAUGUUGGAAUCGCAAAUACAAAUGAGUGGUCAUGAGUUAAUCGAGCGUCAGCACGAGAUUGGACAGCUGCGUCAGUUGUGCCGAUCCUUACAGCUUGAAAUGAAUCGUUCACUGGCCGCGCAGGAAUGUUUGUUGCAAGAAAAAGCCGCCAUUGAGCAGGAGUCGAAUGAAUUACAAGACUUUCUGCAACAUGAAAAAUCAGCAUUAUGUGAUGCAUUAAAAGAACUAGAGAAUGAGCAUCAAGCUUGCAAGCAACAGUUGUCGGGGCGUGAAGAAGAGGUGAAGGUUUUGCGUGAUGAAUGUCGUCACUUAGUGCGGCUUAAUGAGCAGCGAAGACAGGAGAACCGUAUGCUACAAUCCAAAUAUGCAGCACUGGAAAGUAAAUCUAAGGAAAUGAUGAUGCAACAAAACUAUUCGGUCUCGGGCGCAUCUGCUGCAUUAUCGGGCCUGCAUUCCCGUUUGGAUAGCUUAGUUGAACAAUUGGUCUCCACUUACAAUAUAACUGAACACGAUUUGGAGGAUAUCGGUUUCCAGCCAGAAGUACAACAAAAUCAUGGCAACGCCUUGGAGACGCGAUCAACACAAAAUGUGGAAGAUUAUCUAGGUCGAAUGCCAACGAACAUUAAUGCAAAUGGACUGGACUUUUGCACACACUCUCAACAGUUCUUACCACAGUCGAGUGAUGGAUCUUUGUCACCACAAAGAAAUCAAUCAUUCAUUGCGGCCGUAAUAAGUGCCAUACGUAAUGCAACUACUCCGUCUAGUAAAAAACUAUUGGCGCGAAAUGGAAAACGCAUUAGUAUUGAAAACGCUGGUGUGAGUGAUUCAAACGGUGAGGCUACGACAAAAAAUAAUAACAAUUAUAAUGGAGAAACAAAGAAUGUCGGUGGUGAGUCAAGUUUUAUUUUCGUAAUUGUCAAUAUAAAACUUAAUUUUCCUUUUGUUCAUUACGCAGAUGACUCCGAUUCUACUGAGAUGCUCGAUUCUGAAACAGAACCCUGUCUAAUGAUGGAUAACGUGCUGGAAGAUGUGACAAUGCCCGAUUCUCAUUCACACAAUAUGGUCUCAUCAUGCACGGGUAUUAUUUCUCAGUUGGAAGUACCGUCGGAACUGAUUAAUCCCGCAUCUGGCGAUGAAUCAUUGCAUAACUUGUCACAAGCUAUUGUGAAUCGUCAACAGAUGGAAUUGCAGAUCAGCAACAUGCAAAGUGUACAAAAAGCAACACUGCAAUUGAAUCAAUGCGAGCAUGAUAACUCUGAUGACGUUAGUUGCCAUGACUCAGUGGCAGAAAUGCCAUCUUUAAUGGAGUAUUGCACAGCGCAAGCAGUGGUGGACCAGGUGAUCGAAGUGGACAGCUUGGUAACCAAAUUGCUCAAGGUCCUGCGUCUCAUACAAAUGGACAACGAUAAUUGUAUACAGCAACUUAUUGUCGAUAAGAAUAAGUUACAAGAGAAUAAAGAGGAUAUGUUGGAGAAAAUAAAAGAUUUGCAGGAUGUGAACAUAAAGUUGCAAGAUGAGCUUAUGGAUGCCACACAAGAGCUAAUGUUAAAGAACAACGAUUUGUCGAACACGAAAGCCGAAAUGCAACGACACCGUAAUGAGAUCGAUCGUCUAACGCAGGACAUUUGCAAUUUGAGUACGCUCUGCAGCAAUUACAAAAAACUCUCACCGACAGUUGAGUUUUCGCCUUUGCAACAGCAAUUACUCUGCCCCAACCAAACGUCAUUGCACAACAUAACAACCGACGAGGGCGACAUCAUUGGCAAUGGGGCGGAAAAUGAUGCGGAGAGCAUUUUGAAUGUGCUGAAAAUGUGGCAGACAGAAGGUCAAUUCAAUGAGCUCAAGAUUCGAGACUUCCUCAGCACGUUUGUUAAGUGCCAGCGGUGUGUGCCAGAGCAGAAGCAGGAGAACAGCAACAAUGAGCGCUUGCGUGUGUACGCCAACCAAUUGCAGAAUGUAUUGUCAGUGCUGCAAGCAUGCGAAGAAUCAACACUAAAUUAUGCAGAUUUGCAAAAGCUACGCUGCGACAUUGAGGUAGUUAAGGCGAACGCAAAUUGGUCCAGUAUAAUCGCUGCUGAUCGAAUGGCGGAAGUGAAUUGUAACAAUGGCAAGCUGUUGAAAGCUAACAGUAAUAAUAGCAAUGAGGAUGUUAAUGCCAAUGCGGCGUUUGAAGAGAAGGAAGUCAAUUGAUAAGUUAAAUAAAUAAAUGGUGGGUUUCCUAUAAAUAGAAUAUGACAAAAGGUUAGUCAGGAUAUUUAGAUGAGGAAUCAGCAUAAUUCGCUCCAUACGCCAUCCAAAAAUGUCCAUUUAUGUAUAUUUAUUAACUAAUUAGCGUUAUUUAUUGCAUAAUAUUUAGAACUUACGUUUAAGGGCCUAAAUGCCACAGAAAUGAGUAGUUUUAUAAAGUAUGCUUAGAGUUUGCCGUCAAUCAUUCUUUGCUUGGCUUCUUUGGGCAAAAAAUUUAUCGGAAAGGAAACUAGCUUAUAUGCGACAAGGAGAGACUUAAAUAACGUUACUGAAAUUUGAGAAAGCUUUUGUUAUUGAAAUUAUUUAUUACUACUAUGUGCAAAAAGUAGUAAGACUUUGUUCAUAAUUUUGAAAUUCUUAAUUUGUUCUUUAAAAUCUAUGUCGGCUCUCAAAGUGAUCCCCCUUGGCCACAAUUUUUUUUCAAUCCUUGGAACAAUUGUUAAAGUCAAUUUCCGGAAUAGCCUUCAGCGCACGUAUCGAUUUACGCUUAAUGUCUUCAAUUGACUCAAAACGGUUUCCCCGGAGCAGUUGUUUGAGUUUGCUGAAUAGCCAGAAGUCACACGCAGCUAUAUCAGGCGAAUACGGUGGUCGCGGCAUAAUAUUGGUUGAAAAUUUGCCGAAAAGCUUACGAAGAAUCACUGCAGUAUACUUCGGCUCACCUUUGCCACGAUAUUCGGUCGAUUGAUCAUCUGUUUCUAGGCCAUAAACAUAGAUCUAAGACUCAUUGCCAGUAAUAAUACGUUUCAUGACAUCCUGGUAGUCGGAAAACAUGUGAAACGCGACGUUGUUUUUCGAAAAAAUUGAGUAAUUUUGGAACCAAUGGAGCUUUCAAUUUUCUUAGGUUCAAAUGAUCUUUCCGAUAUUCCAACGAUCUUUAUUUUAUUGACCAAUCAAAAACACUUGCCCACGUCAAACAACAUUCUGAA